AUCCGCCAACAACCAAAACCAGAUUAGUGCAAAAGAACUAUCAGGGUCCAGUGAAAUCUUGGCAAGAAAGUUCUCACGAAAAUUAUUGAUGGUGAUGGAGAAGUGAAGACAACGCUGCACAACAUCCGCAAUGAAGGUCGGCAAGCCAAAAUCUAAGCGCCAGCCCGUGCGACUAAGGCACAAGAUCGAGAAAGCAAGCGCUGCGAAACACCGCAAGAAUCGCAAACUUGCUAAGAAAGAUCCCACAUGGCGAACGAGGUUGAAGAAGGACCCUGGUAUUCCCAAUCUUUUCCCCUACAAAGAAAAGCUUUUACAAGAAAUUGAGGAGAAGAAGAGGUUGAAGGAAGAGGAAGCGCGAAGAAAGAGAGAGGAGCUAAAGGCUCUCAAGACGAAUGGCGAUCCUGUCGAUGCAGAUGUCGAUGGUGAGGACCUUGACGUGGAUGGGGAAGAUGCUGAGGAGCUGUAUGACGGCGAAAGCGCCAGUGACGACGAGGGAGACAUGGACAUGGUGGACGACAGCAAGAAUCCAAUGGCUGCGUUGCUGGCAUCUGCAAAAGCAAGAGCUGUCGAAUAUGAUCAAGCUGGGGCAUCCCUAGACGCCAUGGACGAAGACGAUGAGGACGAUUUCGGCGGCUUCGAAGACGAAGUAACAUACACGACGACGUCAGCUGCCAAGGGCGACUCAUCGAGAAAAGCCUUUGACAGAAUCUUCAAGCAAGUCAUCGAGUCGGCCGACGUCAUACUGUACGUCUUGGAUGCGAGAGAUCCGGAAGGAACACGCUCAAGGGAGGUAGAGCGGCAGAUUUUGGCUGCAGAUGGUGGCAACAAACGUUUGAUUCUUAUCCUGAACAAGAUUGAUUUGGUGCCGCCAAAUGUUCUCAAAGGUUGGCUCACGCAUCUGCGAAAAUAUUUUCCUACUCUGCCACUUCGAGCGUCGAUGCCCGCUCCAAAUGCACGGACUUUUGACCACAAGCAACUAAGUGUGAAAGGCACCUCGGAAGCUUUGUUCAAGGCUCUCAAAACCUACGCUCAGUCCAAAUCGCUCAAGCGAUCCAUAUCGGUCGGCAUCAUUGGCUACCCGAAUGUCGGCAAGUCGUCCGUCAUCAACGCCCUUACGUCACGAAUGGGCAAAGGAGCCGCUGCCCCGGUAGGAGCAGAAGCAGGCGUGACCACAAGUUUGAGGGAAGUCAAGCUUGACAACAAGCUGAAGCUCCUUGAUUCUCCAGGAAUUGUCUUCCCAACCGCAACUGGGAAUAAGAUGACGAAGUCAGAAGAACAUGCACGCCUGAUUCUUCUUAAUGCCGUGCCACCAAAGGAUAUUGAAGAUCCUGUACCGGCGGUGACACUGCUUCUGAAGCGAAUGUCAGCCUCGCAGGAGAUGAUGGACAAACUUCUCAACGUCUAUGAUCUUCCACCGCUCAUGUCAACUGGAGGUGACAUUACGACAGACUUCCUCGUCCAGGUUGCCAGGAAGCGAGGUAGGCUGGGUAGGGGAGGCAUACCAAACCUACAUAGCGCUGCACAGUGUGUCAUCACGGACUGGAGAGAUGGUAGGAUCCAAGGGUGGGCUGAUCCGCCUGUACGACAAGUCGUGACCGAAGAUGUGGAUAUGAAUAUGGACGGAGUGGAUCAUGUCAAGAUUGUGAAAGAGUGGGCCGAAGAAUUCAAGCUGGAGGGGCUAUGGGGAGGAGCUGAAAAUGGCGUGGAUGUUUCUAUGGAGUCAUGAGACCAAAGAUAGCUCAUUGAUUCAGAUGACUUUUUUUCAGCCCUUCUCAAAAAAAAAUCCAAAUGAGCGGUGUAAAAGGAGGGCAAAUCCUCCGGGUGCACGGUCUAGUCAUCCAUCACAGCGAGACGCACUUUUCAGGGCAUUACCCGAAUGACGAGAGAUCUUCAGCCUCGUUCCACAGCAGGUUGCUGAUUAUCGACGGACGCAGGACGACGAGUGUCUCCGUCGCAAGGCGUAGAAUAUGCGAGGGUUAAUACUCUUUCUCGGAAGUCACCAAAUGACGCGGGAUUUUCCAUUGUCAAGCCGCUCGAGCAGGGUCACGAAGUUCAGCACAAUUUCAACACAGAAUCGUAGGAACGGAAAAUGGCGAAUGCAAUACGAACAUUUCUGAAGCGCCUUCGCAGUUUAGAAACGCAUGCAUGGCUUUUUUUUUGGGUCAACGAAGAGUUCGGAGUUUGUUGCGUAGACGUUUCUGGGAUGUUACCGAAACCCCUAAACACUUUUGGUUGUAGACUUCAACCAACAGAGUUUUAAUUUUUAUUUUUAUUUAUUUUUUUUAUUUCGUUUUAUUGGAAGAAAGAAGUUCAUCAGAUUAGUGCUGAUGCUAUCA